CCGGGCGCGGAGAGCGCAGCGCGGUGCACCACGGGCGCACCGCACGGCAGGGCAUGGAGGAGAGCAGCGAGUCCCAGCCGACCGCGGGCUGCAGCGAUGUGCGCCCGAGCGUCGAUCGCGGUGGCGGCGCCCCCUCAUGGGCCCCCGAGGACGCCUGGAUGGGCACGCACCCUAAGUAUUUAGAAAUGAUGGAAUUAGAUAUAGGAGAUGCCACCCAAGUUUAUAUAGCAUUCUUGGUUUACCUGGACCUCAUGGAGAAUAAAAGUUGGCAUGAAGUAAACUGUGUGGGAUUACCAGAUCUCCAGCUCAUCUGCCUUCUUGGUACUGAGAUAGAAGGAGAAGGGUUACAGACUGUGGUACCUACACCCGUCAGUGCUUCCCUCAGCCAUAACAGGAUAAGGGAGAUCUUGAAGGCAUCUCGCAAAUUGCAAGGUGAUCCAGAUUUGCCGAUGUCUUUUACUUUGGCCAUAGUGGAGUCUGACUCCACAAUAGUCUAUUACAAACUUACUGAUGGAUUUAUGCUGCCAGAUCCUCAGAAUAUUUCCCUUAGAAGAUGACACCUAUACUUCCCGAUGCUUGCUUUAUUCACACAAGAUUGGAUUGAGACCCAUCAGCCUGAUUCAUCUUUUAUCUCAGAGAUAGUCAGGGUUGACUUAGCUGGUCCCAUUCUAUAAGUUUUCUUUUUGAAGAAUAAAACUUUCCCAGAUAGAAGAAUUUAUUUUAUUCAAAAAUAUAGGGUAGUUGCUCUAGAACUUUCUCAUCUGGAGACAGUUUAAUUAUAGUUGUAUACAAGUUUAUGCCUAGGGUGUGUUCAGAAGGGUAGAACAUUGUUGAGACUGCCACCUCUUUCCCUUACUCAACCCUCUCAGUGCCUUUUGGUCACUACAGCUAGCCUGGAAUGGCAUUUCAGGUACACCUUGACACCUGGAGAGUUUACUUUAGUCUGCUUUUUCAUCCCCAAUAGAAAGUAUUCUUUCAAUUGGUUUUUUCAUGUUGCAAUUACUGUUACUUCCCUCUUUGGUUGACUUUAAAUCAAAACUAAAAAUAUGCUCAUCCAGAGUGUAAAAUUACAUGUCUGGAUUAAUAGGGACCAGAGAAUUGCUACCUACAAGAGGACUGGGUCUUUUUUUUCCAUUCUUAUUACCACCACCUGUACUGUAUCAUAGCUAGAAUAUUACAAGAGAGAUAGUGUUAACCUUAAAAACAUCUUUCUUAAGUAAACCCAGUUUUUCCACUUUUGUUAAUACCUCCCAAUUAAGUUGCCUAAAGCAUAAACAAUUAUAUGCACAAAGAUGUUUCAAGUGACAUUUUGAGGCAUAUAAUAAUCCAAAUAUAAAUGACUUAAAAGUUUAAGGCAAGGGUCAGCAAAAUUUUUCUGGAAAGGGUCAGAAAGGAAAUAUUUUAGGCUUUUCAGGUCAUAUAGGCUUUCUCACAACUUCUCAGCUCUGCUGUUUGUAGGACAAAAAUAACCAUAAACAGUACCUAAAGGAAUGGAUAUGGCUGUAUUCCAAUAAAACUUAUUUGCAAAUACAGGGCCAUAGUUUGCCAACCACUGGUCUGGGGAAAUAGUCAAUGAACAUAUAUAGCUAAUGAAUGGUGUGUUAUGUACCCAUUAAAAAUUAGUAAUGAAUAUACUGAAAAACAUGAGAAAAUAUUUAGUAACAAAAAGCAAGAUACAAAAGUAUAUGAAUGUGUAUGACUAUGGCUAUAAAUAACACACCAAGUAUAUAAUAAAAAGAUGACAAAAUAAAUUACUAACUGGUUAUAAUAGGAUGGCAGGGCGGGAAAUGGAUGACUUUGUCUUUCUUCAAUAUUUUAGUUUUUCUCUAUUUGUAUUACUUUUAUAAUAAAAAUGUUUUAAAAUAAAAAA